AUGUCCCGAAUGUCUCAGUGGGUUCUUAAGUAUGGAUUCCCUUCAGUUGGGUUCACUCAGCGUAAAGCGACAAACGUUUGGAGAAGCGACAAAACAACCAGGGUUGGUUUUCGUCAUGGCAAAGUUCGAUGGUAUCCUUGGUAUGGCCUACCCUCAAUUUCUGUGGAUGGUGUUACUCCUGUAUUCGUAAACAUGAUCCAACAAGGUAUAGUUGAAUCCCCAGUGUUCUCCUUCUAUCUCAGCAGGAAUAUAUCAGCUGUGCUGGGUGGUGAACUGAUGAUCGGUGGUAUCGAUGACAAGUAUUAUACUGGUGAAAUCAACUAUGUGGACUUAAUGGAACAGUCCUAUUGGUUGUUCAAAAUGGACAAAUUGACUACUUCAGAUAUAACGGUUUGUCCUGAUGGAUGUCUGGCUAUUGCCGAUACUGGCACUUCGAUGAUCGCCGGUCCAACUGACGAAAUACAAAAAAUUAAUGCAAGGCUCGGAGCCACUCGUCUACCUGGUGGUAUUUAUACCGUUUCUUGUGGUAAUAUAAACAAUCUCCCAACGAUUGAUUUUGUAAUCAACGGAAAACCUAUGACAUUAGAACCUACAGAUUAUCUAGUGAAAGUAUCCAAAAUGGGUUCUGAGAUUUGUCUAAGCGGUUUUAUUGGAUUGGACUUGCCGAAGAGGAAAUUGUGGAUAUUAGGAGAUAUAUUCAUAGGUAAAUUUUAUACAGUAUUCGAUAUGGGCAGAAACCGUGUCGGUUUUGCGAAAGCUGUUCAUCCAGAUUCUGUUUAUCGUACAAAAACAUAUAUCCCUAUGAUGCGAUUAUUCCCUGCUCAAUCAGUUCCACAAGCUGCUUUAGAAACCCCAAAUGGAGUGUUCGCCUUUUCCAAACUUCUUUUAGAUGAAGUUUGA